AUGUAUUGGGCUACACCUGCAAGUUCUGAACAGAUUGAAUCUGAUGAGGCUACUAAAGAAGGUUUAUUGGAAUGCAUAGGCAAGCUAGCAAAAAAGAUUGAGGAGGAAUCCAAGAUUAUAGCUGAGCUUGUUCCAUAUCGUACUAGGAGAGGGCGGCUAGGAAGAGCCAACGCCAUAGCUAGUAUCCAGUAUCUUGCACAUGUUGAGUGGUGGAUUACGUUUGGAAGUAAGACUCCAAACUUGCAAAAGUUUGCCAAAAGAGUUCUUGGACUUACAAGUUCGGCUUCCCAAUGCGAAAGGGAUUGGAGUGCAUUUAAAAAUCUUCAUACAAAGAAAAUGAACCGUUUAGACCAUGCGAAGCUGAAUGAUAUUGAGUAUGUUCAAUAUAACAAGAGACUUAGGAAGCACUUUGAAGAACACAUAAUGGGAUCUGAGAUGGAUCCAAUUGUGCUGAAGACAAUGGAAGAGUGUCAAAAGUGGCUACAUCCACAUGAUGCUAGAGACGAUCUUAUAGAAGGAACAAAUUUCAAUUAUGGAAUACUUGAAAAUGAUGAGCAUCCUCCUCCUGUUACUCGUCAGCAAACAUAUAAACGACGUCGCACUGGCACAAAUGUCACAAACACACCUAAAUCUUCAUCAAGGACACCGUCUCGUGCUCGUUCAUCACAAGUUCAAUUGGAUGACUCUGAAACUGAUGAUGGUGUUGUCUAUCCAACUGAUGAUGGUGACUUCAACGAUGCAUAA